AUGAUCACAUGCAAAUCACAUGGUCAUCCGAGCGCGCUUGCAGCAUCGCGCGUCGCGUUGAGUCAGAACGUGCCCCUUGACCUGGAGAACCCGGACUUUCUUGCGCCGCCUACGACUGACAAUGGCGAAGUGCCCAACGCCAAGUGGCCAUUCGGCAUGAGCCACAACCGCCUCCAAACUGGUGGAUGGGCUCGUCAGCAGAACAUCAAUCAGCUGCCUGCCGCCACCGAGUUGGCAGGAGUUGACCUGCACCUCGAGGCUGGCGCCAUUCGCGAACUCCACUGGCACACCGCGUCUGAGUGGGCGUAUGUGACCAAGGGCUCCGUGCAAGUGACAGCCGUCAACCAGCUCGGCCAAAACUUUGUCAGAACUGCAGUACGUACUGUAGUGACGGUAUUUCUGGAGUGA